UGUCUCUCCUGCAGACUGCCCUGGCCUGGAGCCCCUGCGGCAGAAGUUGGCCACCCUCCAGGACACCCAUGCCUGGAUCCUUCAGGUCCCCCCAGAGCGCCUGGCCAUGGACUUCCAGGAGCUCCUCCACCCCUACUCUGCACCUGUCCCCUCUGCCACUCACCCACAUUCCCCAGCCCAGUGGACAGGAGGAGCAGAUGCAAGACCUACUUGGUGAGACAGGAUGGAGGGGCCUGUGUUAACGCUGGGACUGCUGGCCACCCUGGUUGUGUGUGGCUGCUGGGGUCUAAAUGAGGAGGAGCGGCUGAUCCGGUACCUGUUUAAGGAGAAGGGCUACAACAAGGAGCUCCGGCCUGUGGCUCACAAAGAGGACAGCGUGGACGUCUCACUGGCCCUCACCCUCUCCAACCUCAUUUCUCUGAAAGAAGUCGAGGAGACUCUCACCACUAACGUGUGGAUGGAGCACGGCUGGACGGACAGCCGGCUGCAGUGGGAUGUCAAGGAUUUUGGGAACAUCAGCGUCCUGCGCCUGCCCCCUGACAUGCUGUGGCUCCCAGAGAUUGUGCUGGAGAACAACAAUGACGGCUCCUUCAAGAUUUCCUACUCCUGCAACGUGCUGAUCUAUCCAUCAGGCUAUGUGUACUGGCUGCCACCUGCCAUCUUCCGCUCUUCCUGUCCCAUCUCCGUCACUUACUUCCCCUUUGACUGGCAGAACUGCUCCCUCAAGUUCAGUUCGCUCAAGUACACGGCCAAGGAGAUCACCCUGAGCCUGAAGCAGGAAGAAGAAGAUGGCCGCUCAUACCCGGUGGAGUGGAUCAUCAUCGACCCUGAGGGCUUCACAGAGAACGGGGAGUGGGAGAUAGUGCACCGGCCAGCCAGGAUCAACAUGGACCCCAGUGCCCCGCUGGACAGUCCCAACCACCAGGACAUUACCUUCUACCUCAUCAUUCGCCGAAAGCCACUCUUCUACAUCAUCAACAUCCUGGUGCCCUGCGUGCUCAUCUCCUUCAUGAUCAACCUGGUCUUCUACCUGCCAGCCGACUGUGGAGAGAAGACGUCAAUGGCAAUCUCAGUGUUGCUGGCACAGUCUGUCUUCCUGCUCCUCAUCUCCAAGCGGCUGCCGGCCACAUCCAUAGCCAUCCCCCUCAUCGGCAAGUUCCUGCUCUUUGGCAUGAUACUGGUGGCCAUGGUCGUGGUGAUCUGUGUCAUCGUGCUCAACAUCCACUUCCGCACGCCCAGCACCCACGUGCUGUCCGAGGGGGUCAAGAAGCUUUUCCUAGAGACCCUGCCCAAGUUCCUACACAUGUCCGUCCCAGAGGAGGACAGCCCCGGCCCUGGGGCCCUGGUCCGGAGGAGCAGCUCCCUGGGUUACAUCUCCAAGGCCGAGGAGUACUUCUCGCUCAAGUCCCGAAGUGACCUCAUGUUCGAGAAGCAGUCAGAGCGGCACGGGCUGGCCCGGCGCCUCACCACAGCACGCCAGCCCCCUGCAGGCUCUGAGCAGGCCCAGCAUGACCUCUUCAGUGAGCUGAAGCCAGCUGUGGAGGGGGCCAACUUCAUCGUCAACCAUAUGAGGGAUCAGAACAACUACAAUGAGGAGAAGGACUGCUGGAACCGGAUAGCCCGCACAGUAGACCAACUCUGCCUGUUUGUGGUGACGCCCAUCAUGGUGGUGGGCACGGCCUGGAUCUUCCUGCAGGGCGCCUACAACCAGCCCCCAUCCAAGCCUUUCCCCGGGGACCCCUUCUCCUACCUGGAGCAAGACAAGCGUUUCAUCUAAAGGGCUUCCCUGCCUGGGUUGGCCCAGCUCCCCAGGCAGCUUCGGUGGGGCUUUGUGCCUGAAAGGGAUGGGCCUUCAGGGGUGGCAGUAGCUGUGUGGACAGGGGCGCCUGAGAAAGGACAAGCUCCUCUUAGGGAGGCGACUCCUGGCCCUGAGACUUGAGCCAAGUUGGUUCUGCACGGCUGAGGUGGAAAUGAGCUGUGCCUCCUGAGACAAGGAAAGGCGAAGCCCCACUCCUCAAUAAAGACAGGAGCCACUGAGAAGGUCUGAGAGUGGACACUGACUGGUGGGUGGGUCAGGACGACUUUUGGGGAGAUAGGGGCCUGACUCAAGGGCCAGGGAAAAUGUCAUUCAGGCUGGCCUUUUGGGACCCUUCUGUGAGAAAGACAGUGGCCUCUUCUUGCCUCCCCUUCCUCUAGGUGGGGGUAGAGCAGGUGGGCUCCUGUGCCCUCACUUCCUGGUUCCUGCAGCUGUCAACCCCUCAUCCUUGGCUUCUGAGGCCCCCCAGAGCCUCCUUUUCCAGACCCGUUAGGGAAGGAGGUUUUGGGCAGAGGUGGGAGCACCAAUGUUUCAGAAUGUCCUUCCCAGUUCUUUCUGCUUUGGCCAUUCUGUCUGGGUCCCUGUGGGGAGCUGAGGACUCGGGUAGGAGAAUUGGACCCAGCAGCUACAGAGGCCAGAGGUCAGCCCAUCAACCUCAGCUCACAUGAGCUACCCUAGGGCCCCAGAUCUCAGCCCUCCCCCAGAGUAUCCCCUUAUGGUCACCUAUUCCUCUCCUCCAAAGUAGGGUUGCCUGGCAAAACUAAAAAAUUAUUCAUAUUUAUCUGAAAUUCAAAUUUAACUGUACAUUUUAUAUAUUUACUAGAGGCCCGGUGCACGAAAUUCAUGCAUGGGGCAAGGGGUGUC